UUUCUUGAAGGUGACUAAGUACAAAAUCGCGGCAGGGUCAUCGAGUUCUGGUUCUUAAUGGCAUUUCCUUUCAGUUUUAGUACAAACAUCACCAUAGAUCUUUCUUUGUUAAUAAACACUUUCGAAUAAAAUGUGUAUACAUUCGGUAUGUUUCUUGUUUUAAAUGAUUAAUAGUAAAGUGAAAGUAAACAAUGAGUUUUAAAGUGAACUUGUGCUGUGUCUUAUUUAUAUGUGUUCAAGUAUGCUUUGGUCAAAAACAUUUUUCUUCAAGUACAGAAGAUUACAUUUACGAAGACAAUGAUGAAUAUCAUGAAGAUGAAUCGUACCUUUUGGAUGAAGAUUUUGAUACACAUGUUACACAAGAUUUACCUAAUCAUGAGAAUUUGUAUAAAAAUAAUGAUCAUACUUUACGAAUAAGUAUUCCAACGACGCAUAGACCCAAUUAUGCAAAAUUAUUAAAUAAUGGAUAUAGAGAAAGUACAACUCUAAAUAAAUUACCCAAAAUUAGAAAAUUAAAUCGUUCAGCAGUUUUAUCAAAAAUUGAUGAUAAAAGUAUAAUUAAAAAAACAUUUACAAAUUUACCAAAUAACAAUGACGAAACAGAUAGAAUUAAUAAAGAAUAUGAAGAUACUGUUACAGAAUAUUAUGAAACAAUACCAACCAAUUUAAAUUUAGAAUCUGUUAUAUCAGUGGUUACUACCAAAAGUGUAAUUAAUAAUACAGUGGUACCAUCUUUUGUGACUUUAUCGGCUAAUAAAGAAGACGUAUCCGAUAUAAUCGUUGAUACUACAGAUAAUUGGAUGGUAUUAGGGUCCAUUCAAACUAGUAAAAGUAUUUCUGAGUUACGUUUGUUUGACAUCUAUGAUGAAGAAGAGAAAAUUAAAACCAAUAUAAAGGUUGGAACAAUUGAAGGAAAAUUAAAAUCAAAAUCUUCCACCGAAAGUCUAAUUGAUAAAUUAGAUAGGGUUCAGUCUGAUUUAUCAAAUAGAUUGCUAACUGCAGAUUUAAAAGAUACUAAAAACAAUUUAACGAUAAUACAAGAUAAUCAUGGUAUAAUAAACAAUACCACUGAAAAUUUAAAAAAAAAUAAUGAGGAAAGUAAAAUAAAUAUAGGUUUUGAGUUUAGUGAUAUAAGUACCCAUUUAAAACAUGAUACAAGUUAUAAAAAGCCUUCCUUGAAAACUAAAAAUAUUAAGGAGGUUUUACCAAAGAUACAGCCAGUUGAGGAUAUUAGCAAAUUUUUACCGCCUAGUUUUGCAACAAAUAGUUCAAUAAAACAUGCCCAAAUUAAAAAUGAUACAUAUUUAAAUAGUAAACAAAAUAAUAGUCCCGAAGUCCCAAAUAAUUUAAAUUUAAAACAUUUAUUUAAUCAAGCCAAACUGGUUGAUAUUAGUGCUUUUCUACCAUCCAAGUUUUCCAACAAUUUGCCUACUAACACAUCUAUUAUUCCAACCAUAACAACUAAACCCACAACUGUACAAGAUACAAUAAAUACAAAUAUGUAUUUUCCAAAAAUUGAAAAAAAUAAUAUUAGUACUACCAGGGAUUCUAAAAUUACAAAUAAUGAAAAACAUCAAGAAGAUAGUAUUUUAAAAAAUACUUCAAAUAUUGAUUUAAGUUCCUUUUUAAAUCCUGAUUAUAAAAUGGGUUUAGAUAUCACAGCUGCCACUCAAUCUCCUGAGUCCACUACAAUGGCUAAAAGCAAUAAUAUAAAACUCGAUAAUAUUUUUAAAAAUAUUGCAAGUGAUGAUUUGAGUUCUUUUUUACCUCCUGGUUAUAAAAUAGGUUCAGAUAUCACAGCUGCCACUCAAUCUCCUGAGUCCACUACAAUGGCUAAAAGCAAUAAUAUAAAACUCGAUAAUAUUUUUAAAAAUAUUGCAAGUGAUGAUUUGAGUUCUUUUUUACCUCCUGGUUAUAAAAUAGGUUCAGAUAUCACAGCUACACAAACGGUUAAAAAUAACUUUAACAACAAAGGUUUAUUACCAUCUGAUUAUAAAUUCAAUAACAAUAGUAAAUCUGAAAAAAAUAUGUCAGUAGGACAUACUAAUCAAGAAAAAUAUAAUAUAAAAGCAGAUGAUGUUAGUAUUUUCCUACCUCCUGGUUAUAAGUUACAUACAUACAAACAAACUACUACUACUACAGAUGCUAAUAAAUAUAGAACUAGUUCUGUUAUAACAUCUACUAUGGCUACGCCUACAUCUACUUCGACAGGAGUUUUCAAGGUUGUCUAUCCAACUAGAAAAAAUAAAAAAAUAUCUAGGACUACAACUACCUCUAAAAAUACCUUAACUACACGAAGUACAACACAGCCAACCAUUCAUAUUGGAUGGCCAUCAAGAGCAACAACAGUAUUUACCGGAUGGCCAACUUCAUCCACAACUCCAAUCUCAAUAGAAAAACUUCUUGAAGCAGCAAAAAGUACAACCACUACAACAGAAAAAGAAGAGGAAAUCACAGUGUACACUACUACCACAAGUACAACGACAACAACUAUUCGGCCUACUACACCAGGAACAUGUGAAACUGAUUGCGAUUUAGCUGGAACUAUUAAGUUAUUGGAUGGCGUAAAAUGGACACCAGAAUUAUUGGACAGAAAUACUAAAGAAUGGCAAAUUUUGUCCAACGAAGUAAAAACACAGCUCGAAGAUAUUUUUAGAAAGUCUGCAAAGUUAAACAAAUGGCUCAAAAAAAUUAGAAUUGAUGGAUUUAGCAAAGGAAGUGUCUUGGUGGACUAUUUCGUGGAACUAAAAAAUUUGGAUGAAAAAAUAAAUACAGCCCAAAUUAAAAAUUUAUUUUACCAAUCAUUAAAACAGGACUCAAUUAACAGUGAAAAAUUCCUUGAUGAUGAUGAUUUUGAAGAAACUUUAGGAUUGGGAAAAUUUGUAUUAGAUUCCAAUUAUACAGAUUUUGUUGUCAUUCCCAGACAAUAUCAAAAUAUUUUUAAUGAAAAUGAAGAAAAACUACUGUUACCCCAAUGGACUAUAGCAGCAAUCGUUAUUGGACUUGCCUCACUUCUUUUUGUCAUAAUAUUUGGCGUUACUGUGAUCAUAAAUAGAGAAAAAAAUUAUAAAAAGCAACUUGCCCCGUCUUUAAGUCAUGGCAUGCUUAACCAUAUAGAUAAAAACAGCUUGGGAAGACUAGAAAACUAUGGAGCACAACAACAUGCUGUAUAUGAUUUGGAAUGGAUAACGGAAAGAGAUGUUCUAAAAAAGGAACCAGGACCGAAAAAUAAUUUUGAUAGUUGGAAAUCCGAUUGGAAUGGUCAUUAUUUUAAUGCUUAUUAUGGGAAGAACUCUCAAAUGUAUGAUGAAAGAAAUCCGCAUUAUCCAAAUAGUCAAUUUUAAAUUUAAAUGUAGGCAUCAAGAGGUUAAUGUUUUGCUAUUUUUUUUUUCAUUAUAAUAAAAAUAAUGAGCAAGGAAGAAAUAAGUCAAGUUUUGCAUUAUUUAUAAAUAUUUCGAUAAAAAUAGCAAUUACUUUAUUCUUUUUAUGUUUAUUUUUUAGAUAUUUUCAAGAAUUACUUAUGAUUAAGGCAAUUUUAAUUUAUUUAAUAAUCUAUAAUAAUAGGUAUAUUUAGGGCCAAACAAGAAAUUUAUAAUAAUGAAGGAACUUAUAAACAGACUGAAACGUUUUGUAGGCAGUAAAUAAAUUUUAUUAAAAAUAAUGUCUUUUAUAAAUUAAUGAUAAAAUUAAAAUUGUUUCAUGUGUUUAUAAAUUUGCAUAAAAUUGAAUUAUCAUUGUAAUUAAAUAAAAUUGUAAAUAGUAGGAAUAA